AUGCGAAGUGAGUGGCGUCGAAGAUUUGAUGAACUUGAAAGUACUGUUCAGACUGUGAACAAGUUCUUCAAAUAUAUCGUUGACUGCCCAAAUAAGCCGUUGGUUUCCGAGUUGAUACCGUACGUGUGGGAUGCUCAUGGUAGUUGUUCUGUUCUUCUGGGUGUAGCCCGAUGGAUGAAAGCCGGAUUUGUGACCUCUCGGCCAGAUUCGCAGCCACAAUUUUGGAAUAGCGAUCGUGAAGAUGAGCCGUGGAUGAUGGGUGGAGGAUUUCUUUGUGAAUGCUCAAAGCUUGUGGCACCCUGUGGACCCAUCGUGCGGUUGUUUAACAACAGAAUGCUUUUACCUCUAUCCAUAGUGAACUAUGAAAUCCUGCCAUAUACAAAGGGCGACUUGCGGGUUGCGGUAACUGCUUCCCCCUCCUCUACUCCAACUCCAUUGUGCCCUUUAACAAUUGAAAUGAGACCGAUCAAAGAGAAUCCAGCAGCAGAAGCAGUGCGAUUCCAGGAUCUUCUGGUGGCAUUGUCGAUAACGAGUGUAGACUAUCCGAAUGUAUCUUUUGCUCUUCAGAAGGAAGUCUUUCUCGACAAGUAUAUACUGCCUUUUCUUGAGGCCAGCCCGCAGUACUGCUUUUUGGCUCAAGAACUUGUUUCCUCCACCGAGAAGAAGGUCAUAUGCUCAGCAUCUGCUCAUCCUAAUGCCCGGUCCUUCUUUGACAAAAUGCCAUCGCUGGUGUCGUCUCUGAGAGCUAAAUAUGACAGCCUAGAUAGUGACAAAUUUGACGUAGGUCCUAUUACUUGUGGUUGUUUUGUUUGUAACUAG